CACACACUGACUCAGACACUGGCUUUUUCAAUUGCUUUAUGGGAGCGGAUUUAGAUAAAAAAAGAAACGCGUUAAUAUCGUGCAAUAACCAAAAAUGACAUCUUACGUACGUGCUAUGUACGAUUUUUCUGGUGAGCCCGGAUCAUCAGAACUAUCCAUAUCCACCGGCGACAUUCUAACUGUGACCAGGAGCGAUGUUGGCGAAGGUUGGUGGGAGGGAAAAAACAGUCGAGGCCAAAUUGGGCUCUUUCCAGCGGCCUACGUGGAAGUGAUGUCCGCUGCUGAAGCGCGCCAGUUUACCACUGGCGGAGAUACAAACGCUACAGCCGCUGCCAGUGGUCAGCCCUUCGAUCCCUUCGAUAUGCCGCCACCAGCGCCAAGAUACGACCAAACAGCCGAUGACGACAACGAUAGCAUUUGGACAGAUAGCGAGGACAAUGAAACAUAUUCUGAGAUAGCGCCACCAGAUGGUAAGAUGGGGGGAGUGACACGCAGUAGCGGGCUGACCCAUUCUGCCAGCGACUACGACAACAGGCAUCUACCUGUUGCUCCCAACGAAGAUGGCAUCUCGCUUAGCUCCGCAGCGGCAGGUGCGAGUGCUGGCACGAUUAAAAAGGGCAUGUUUGCCAAAAGUUCCGAUUCCUAUAUACUCGGCCUGUCUAGCAACAAGGAGAAAAUACCAGAAUGCGAGAUGGCGUACAUAACACAAUUAGAGGAUUCCAUCUACCAAUGGACACAAAACCAUUCGCCUUAUUCCGUUGUUGUGGCUAGUCCCAAAAAGGAGUCAAAAUUCAAGGGCAUGAAGACGUUCAUUGCCUACCAGCUGACACCAAGCUUUAAUAAUAUCUCCGUAUCACGUCGCUACAAGCACUUCGAUUGGCUUCAUGAACGAUUGGUGGAUAAAUUCUGUUUGAUACCUGUGCCCCCGUUGCCGGACAAACAGAUCUCCGGUCGGUAUGAGGAGCAAUUCGUGGAGCAUCGGCGUGUACAGCUGCAGGAGUUUGUGGAUUGGGUCUGCCGGCAUCCGGUCAUAUCGAAAUGUGAAGUGUGGUACCAUUUCUUGACAUGCACCGACGAAAAGAUCUGGAAGUCGGGCAAACGGAAAGCCGAACGUGAUCCGUAUAUGGGCGUUAACUACUGUUUGGCCAUCUCGCCGCCAGACAAGAAUCUGCUGCACUCGAAGGUGGAUGCCCAAUUGGAGAGCGGGUCACAGUUCAUACACAGCAUGGAUAUGGCUAUACGCAAUUUGAAUAACAUUGCCAAUGAUAUGGCCAAACGUUCGCUAACCCAAAGUAAAAAGGAAUUCCAACGCAUCGGCGACGGUCUUUCAGAUCUAGCCAAGUCGUUGAGCAUCGACGAGAGGCGUGCACCCACCCGGAACGGCGUGCCUCUGUCGGAGAGUGUGGGCCGCAUUGGAGGCAUUUACAUUGGCAUCGGUCAACUGUUUGGUGAUCAGCCGAAACAGGAUUGGAUACCGCUCUCUGAUCGGUUGCAUAUCUACAGAGGUGUCUUGAGCUGCUUUCCGGAUAUAUUCUCGACGCACAAGGGAGCCAUACAGAAGCGCAAGGAUUGUGAGCGUUCGACGGCCGAGGGCAAGAUGAGCAAUGCCCAGCUGCAGGACGUGAAUCGCCGCACAGAUGUCAUCUCCUAUACGGUGCUAGCCGAGCUGACCCACUUCAAGUCCGAGCGAGAUACGCAUCUGAAGCAAACGAUUCGAGCAUUCAUUGCCGAGCAAAUUAAGUUCUAUCAGGCCGUUGUGGCGCGACUACAGGAGGCGCAUCGCCAAAUUGAAUAGGCAAUUGAGUUCUCUGAUCUGGAUAUAGUAUAUAAAUUUAUAUAAAUAUAUCAUAUCACGAUAUCACGUUCAGUCGGCUGGGAGCACAAGCAAACACGUACACUAAAUAAGCUGAAAACAACAUUCGCACGCGCGCAUUUCAAAUGCUUUACACAAAUC